UGGCUUACCAUGGAAGUAAGCGCCACCUUCAAAUCAGCAAUACACAUUGUGUGAAUUGUGAAGCUAGGAAAUGGAAAGUACUGAUUUUGAGAGCACAUUAAAUACGCCACUGCUUGAGAACAGCCCCAGCAGCCGCCGCCGCAGGAGCUUUAUAUUCCUUCUGCAAUGGAUUCUCUAUAUUCUGAUGUGGGUAUCGUUCGUAUUGUGGAUUGGUUUCAUAGUUCUCAUGCCUUCGCACUUGGUGAGCCAAUUGCUGGAGAAGGCCAACUCUACAGCCCUUGGAAUAACAGGUGGCGUAUUACUUCUAUUUGGUCUUCCUCUGGUUAUUAUUGCGUCACUGGGAACUAUUUACAUUGAGAUAUCCUCCAAUGAGUGGAACAAGAAGAAGAAAUUUAGGUCUCUUCGACCUCGUUUAUGGACAUUUCCAGCUCUCAUAGAUGGACCCUUUGGUGUUGUCUCUGCUGCUGAACUGGCUGUGAUAGUAUUGUUUGUGGUAUACAUAUUGGGGACUAUGGCUGCAUAUAUCAUAAGUGACAGCAAAAUUAUUGGAGAGUUACCGUGGGCUUCAACAGAAAAAAGGUUGAUGAUGGUGGAAUUUGUAGGGCUUCACCUUGGUUCAGUUGGGCUCUUUUGUAUGGGGUUCCUUUUCCUUCCAGUGGCAAGGGGGUCAAUCCUUCUACGCCUCAUAGAUAUCCCCUUUGAACAUGCAGCAAAAUACCAUGUGUGGUUGGGUCAUGUUACGAUGGCACUUUUCACAGGUCAUGGCCUUUGUUAUCUCAUUUCAUGGAGCCUAGAAGGUCGCCUACUACAGGAGGUGGUUCAAUGGAGUAGUAUUGGUAUUGCAAAUGUCCCAGGGGAGAUAAGUCUUUGUGCUGGCUUGGCCAUGUGGGCAACUUCACUGCCAUUUGUUCGCAAACACUAUUUCGAAGUCUUUUUCUACACACAUCAGCUAUACAUUGUUUUUGUGGUAUUUCUAGCAUUACACGUGGGCGACUUUAUAUUUUGCAUGGCAGCAGCACCAGUCUUCUUUUUUCUACUUGAUCGAUUUCUUAGAUUCUGUCAAUCUCGGAAAGAUGUUGGUAUACUGUCAGCAAUGUGCCUUCCAUGUGGAACAGUAGAAUUAGUUAUAUCAAAGCCACCAAGUUUGUCCUACAACGCUCUGAGCUUUGUCUUCCUUCAGAUACGGAAUUUAUCUUGGUUGCAGUGGCAUCCAUUUAGUGUGUCUUCUAGCCCAUAUGAUGGUAGACAUCAUUUAUCAAUACUUAUCAAACCUCUUGGAAAAUGGACAAAUGAACUGAAAAAUAUGGUUUCGAAAACCAAAGAACAAACUCCCACAGAUUUAUCCACAGCCCUUCCUUGUAAUUUGAAUGUUUCAGUGGAGGGCCCCUAUGGGAAUGAAAUUCCUUAUCACUUAAGCUACAACAAUCUGAUUCUGGUUGCUGGUGGCAUUGGAAUUUCACCUUUUGUUGCUAUAUUGCGGGACCUUCUUCAUCGUAUCAAACAGUGCCAGUUUGGUUUACCAAGGAACGUGCUACUAAUUUGGGCAGUGAAAAAAUCAAAAGAGCUUUACAUUCUUGAUAUAGUUGAUGCAGAACGCAUUUGUCCGGGUUUCACAAACAAGAUAUGCCUCAAGCUCCAAGUAUAUGUGACACAAGAAUUACAACCUGAAUUGGAAAAUGGCAACAAUGCAAAUAUUGUACAAUUUGUCUCUAAUGCUGAUAUGGAAACAAAAUCGAUGUCAAAUUUAGUUGGCACUGGCAGUGUCAAUAAUAUAUGGGCCGGCAUCUAUAUGAUUUCAUCCAUAAUUGGUUUUGUCGUAACAAUUGUGCUAACAAAAUUAUAUUACAUUGACCGUAGUGAGAGUACUUCUUGGUGGUCAAGAGGACUCUCUGUCAUUUUAUGCAUGCUUCUGGGCACCACAAUUUUCGGUUCUCUGGCAGUUAUGCUGUGGAACUUGAGGGAGAAUAAAAUUUCAAAGUGCCAGAGGAAAAUUGAUCAUACGGAAGAGUCAAGAGAAUCCUUUCAAAUUUAUACUCAUCAAAAGCUAGUUGCUGCUGCUGAAGGAUUGGAGAAAUUGGUGAAUCCCAGUAACACACAUUAUGGCCAUAGACCCAACUUCAAAGAAAUAUUUGGAAAAGUUUCAGAGCAGUGGAAAAAUGUAGAUGUUGGUGUUAUGGUAUGUGGACCACAAAGUUUGGAAGCAAGUGUGGCAAAGGAAUGCAGAUCAUAUAACUUGAAAAACUCUGAAAAUAGAGUUGUGUUUCAUUUCAACAGUCAUAGCUUUGAUCUUUAACUAAGAGCGUUAUCAUUUCUUGUGUUUUAUACCUCUAUUAUCGUUGUCUAAUAUCUAUAUUGUAUUUCUACCCAUAGACUUAUUUCCUAGGGCACUGUUCCAAACUCAAUUUCAUAGUUCUAUUUAUGCCAAAUAGUUCUAUUAGGCAUUCAAUUCUAAAAAAUCAAAUUGCUUGGAUGUUAUCUAAGAACUUCACUCUCUAUUGUAAGGAUAUCAGCGAUAAUAAAAUAUGGACAUAAUAAAUGUGCAUAUUAGAAUAUAUUUCUCAUUUUGUUCA